CGAGCUGAGCCAAUCAGAGGCGGCCCUUCAGCCUUUCCCCCAAAGUGGGGGAGGGGCAGGGAAGCCCACAGUAGUGUGAGCUCCUGGGGCUGCCAGCGCCCGCAGUCCCUGCCCAUCCCGUCUGGGACGCAGGAUCCCUCUGUGAACAAGUUGGAGGCAGAGAGAAGGAGGACGGCAAGGAGAGAGCUGGUCACCCUCUGACCAGCGGCUGUGCCCCGCAACACCGACGGCCAGACCCAGGGCGGCCCCUCCUGGCAACCCUGCUCCUCCCGCAGGAUGCUUUGGGAUUGAGGCCACUCCUCAUCCCUGCAGCCCCCUACUCCCCUCCGUUCUCCUGAGGCUCCCAGAGACUGCAGCUGUCCUCCCUGCUCUCCUACCCAGCGCUUGCCCCAUUUGGGGUCCAGCAAAGUCUCUCUGUUAAUGAGAGGCCAGUGAGGAGGACUUCCUGGAGGGGGUGACAGCCCAGAGCUCAGGACUGUGCCCACACCCGCAGGCAUCAGCAGCAAGGGGCCUCCCCAGGCAGGAGAGUACGGCAGGUCGGAGGGUGCCUGCUUCCUGACUGUGACAUCCACCUUGUCCCGGGUGGCUCCUUCCUGGAUUGCAGCCCUCCCCCUAAAGAAGGGGGAGUGGUCACAGGAAAGCCCCUAACCUCCACAUCAGCUGCCUGGACCUCUCUGGGGUUGGCUGGAACCACAGCAGCCUCUGGGAAGCACAGAGGUCCGUCGGCAUUAGGACACCACACAGCUUCCGAGCGCCAUGCCAGCUCCUGUCCUCAAAGGCCAGGUGCUGUUGCUGCCCCUGCUGUUGCUGCUGGGACCACAGGCCUCCUGGGGCCUGGUCAUCACACCUCCGGGGCCAGAGCUUGUCCUCAAUAUCUCUAGCACCUUCGUUCUGACCUGUUCGGGUGCAGCUCCGGUGGUGUGGGAACGGAUGUCCCAGAAGCCCCUGCAGAAAACGGCCAAGAACCAGGAUGGCACCUUCUCCAGCACACUGACACUGACCAAUGUCACUGGGCUAGACACGGGAGAAUACUUUUGCACCUACAAAAACUCCCUCGGGCCGGAGCCUGCUGAGCGAAAACGGCUCUACAUCUUUGUGCCAGAUCCGACUAUGGGCUUUCUUCCGGUCUUCCCCGAGGACCUGUUCAUCUUUCUCACGGAAAUAUCUGAGAUCACAAUUCCCUGCCGAGUGACGGAUCCGAGCCUGGUGGUGACACUGCACGAGAAGAAAGUGGAUAUUCCACUGCCCAUCCCCUAUGACCACCAACGUGGCUUCUCUGGUAUCUUCGAGGACAAGACCUAUGUCUGCAAAACCAUCAUCGGGGACAGGGAAGUGGAUUCUGAAGCCUACUAUGUCUACAGUCUCCAGGUGUCGUCCAUCAAUGUCUCAGUGAAUGCAGUGCAGACUGUGGUCCGCCAGGGUGAGAACAUCACCAUCAUGUGCAUUGUGACCGGAAAUGAGGUGGUCAACUUUGAAUGGACAUACCCACGCAUGGAGAGUGGGCGGCUGGUGGAGCCAGUGACUGACUUCCUCUUCAAUGUACCCUCCCACAUACGCUCCAUCCUGCACAUCCCUAAUGCCGAGCUUGGCGAUUCAGGGACCUACAUCUGCAAUGUAUCGGAGAGUGUGAAUGACCAUCGAGAUGAAAAGUCCAUCAAUGUCACUGUGGUUGAGAGUGGCUACGUGCAGCUGCUGGGAGAGCUGGACGCCGUACAAUUCGCGGAGCUGCACCGCAGCCGGACUCUGCAGGUGGUGUUCGAGGCCUACCCGCCGCCUACUGUCAUGUGGCUCAAGGACAACCGCACGCUAGGCGACUCCAGCGCAGGCGAGAUUGCCCUGUCCACACGCAAUGUGUCUGAGACCCGGUAUGUGUCAGAACUGACAUUGGUGCGGGUGAAGGUGGCUGAGGCUGGCUACUACACCAUGCGGGCCUUCCACGAGGAUGCAGAGGCCCAGAUCUCCUUCCAGCUGCAGGUCAAUGUGCCUGUCCGUGUGCUGGAGCUGAGUGAAAACCAUCCUGCCAGCGGGGAGCAGACAGUCCGCUGUCGCGGCCGGGGCAUGCCCCAGCCACACCUCACCUGGUCUACCUGCAGUGACCUCAAAAGAUGUCCGCGCGAGCUGCCACCCACCCCACUGGGGAACAGUUCCGAGGAGGACAGCCAGCUGGAGACUAACGUGACUUACUGGCCUGAGGAUCAGGAGUUUGAGGUGGUGAGCACGCUCCGCCUGCGCCGUGUGGAUCAGCCUCUGUCCGUGCGCUGCACUCUGCACAACCUGCUGGGCCACGACAUGCAGGAGGUCACCGUGGUGCCACAUUCUCUGCCCUUCAAGGUGGUGGUGAUCUCGGCCAUCCUGGCCUUGGUGGUCCUCACAAUCAUCUCCCUCAUCAUCCUCAUCAUGCUCUGGCAGAAGAAGCCACGUUAUGAGAUCCGAUGGAAGGUGAUUGAAUCUGUGAGCUCUGAUGGCCAUGAGUACAUCUACGUGGACCCUAUGCAGCUGCCCUAUGACUCUACCUGGGAGCUGCCACGGGACCAGCUUGUGCUUGGACGCACCCUCGGUUCUGGGGCCUUUGGGCAGGUGGUGGAGGCCACAGCUCACGGCCUGAGCCAUUCUCAGGCCACGAUGAAAGUGGCGGUCAAGAUGCUGAAAUCCACAGCCCGCAGCAGCGAGAAGCAGGCCCUCAUGUCAGAGCUGAAGAUCAUGAGUCACCUUGGGCCCCAUCUGAACGUGGUCAACUUGCUGGGGGCCUGCACCAAAGGAGGACCCAUCUACAUCAUCACGGAGUACUGCCGCUACGGCGACCUGGUAGACUACCUUCACCGCAACAAGCACACCUUCCUGCAACGCUGCUCAGACAAGCGCCGCCCGCCCAGCGCCGAGCUCUACAGCAACGCCCUGCCCGCGGGGCUCCCUCUGCCCAGCCACGUGUCCCUGCCUGGGGAGAGUGACGGCGGCUACAUGGACAUGAGCAAGGAUGAGUCGGUGGACUACGUGCCCAUGCUGGACAUGAAAGGAGGAAUCAAAUAUGCAGACAUUGAGUCCUCCAGCUACGUGGCCCCUUAUGACAACUACGUCCCCACAGCUCCCGAGAGGACCUGUCGGGCGACUCUGAUCAACGAGUCCCCGGUGCUUAGCUACACAGAUCUUGUGGGCUUCAGCUACCAGGUGGCCAAUGGCAUGGAGUUCCUGGCCUCCAAGAACUGCGUCCACCGAGAUCUGGCAGCCAGGAACGUGCUCAUCUGUGAGGGCAAGCUGGUCAAGAUCUGUGACUUUGGCCUGGCUCGUGACAUCAUGAGGGACUCGAACUAUAUCUCCAAAGGCAGCACCUUCCUGCCUCUGAAGUGGAUGGCUCCCGAGAGCAUCUUCAACAGCCUCUAUACCACCCUGAGUGAUGUGUGGUCCUUCGGGAUCCUACUCUGGGAGAUCUUUACCCUGGGUGGCACCCCUUACCCAGAGCUGCCCAUGAAUGAGCAGUUCUAUAAUGCCAUCAAGCGGGGUUACCGAAUGGCCCAGCCUGCCCAUGCCUCCGAUGAGAUCUACGAGAUCAUGCAGAAGUGCUGGGAAGAGAAGUUUGAGAUCCGGCCUCCCUUCUCCCAGCUGGUGCUGCUUCUCGAGAGGCUGCUGGGUGAGGGGUACAAGAAGAAGUACCAGCAGGUGGAUGAGGAGUUUCUGAGGAGCGACCACCCAGCCGUCCUUCGGUCCCAAGCCCGCUUUCCCGGCUUCAAUGGACUCCGAUCCCCCCUGGACACCAGCUCUGUGCUCUACACUGCUGUGCAGCCCAACGAGAGUGACAAUGACUAUAUCAUCCCCCUGCCUGACCCCAAGCCCGAGAUUGCUGAUGAGGGCCCCCUGGAGGGUUCCCCCAGCCUUGCCAGCUCCACCCUGAAUGAAGUCAACACCUCCUCUACCAUCUCCUGCGACAGCCCCCUGGAACCCCAAGAGGAGCCAGAGCCAGAGCCCCAGCUCGAGCCCCAGGUGGAGCCAGAGCCACCACUGGAUUCAUGUUGCCCUGGGCCUCGGGCCGAGGCGGAGGACAGCUUCCUGUAGGGGGCUGGCCCCACCUCGCCCUGCCUGGAGCUCCCCCUCUACCUCCCAGCACCCAGCGCCUCCCGGCCUGGCCUGGCCUCCCAUCAGCUGUCCCUUUCUAGAAAGCUUUUGCCGUGGGCAUGUGGCACCCAACCACUGGGGCUGGCUUAGGAGGCAAGAGGAAUGCAGGGGCCGUGACCAGCCCUCUGCCUCUGGGGAGGCCAUGUGACUGGGGGCCAGGGUUCUCCCAGGGCACUUAGUUUCUCCAUCUACAGGAUGGGAAAGCCGGGCUCGGUGACGCAGAAUCUGGGAUUCUCUCCCUGGCUGACAGGUGGGGAGGCUGGAAUCACUAGAGAGAGUCUCGAGGUUCCGGAGGGGGGGAUUAGCUUUUUUCUGUUCAGCCAGCUACGCCUCAAGGAGCUGUAGCCUUCUCCUUGCACUUUCAUCCACCUAAGAGCUGGGGAAGGGACUCUGGCAUCCCCGGCUCCUGGCGAGCCGAGGCCCAGCCUUGGACAGUGGUGUUCAUCCGGAAGCCACCGCCCCUUAAUGCCAGUCUCCACUUUCCCAGGCCCGAGCUGGUCUGGGGCCAUCCACGCUUAAUGCUGGGGGCCGAGCCAAGUACGGGACACCCUGGCCCACAGCUGCUGUCCCAGGCACUUGGGACACACCUCCCCAUACAAAGUGCCCGCGUUCGUGUCUUCCUGGCCCCCUAAGUGCGGGGGUCUUUUUCCUUGUCACCACCAGUCUUACUUCACCCACCAGAGUCUCCGGGGCCAGGUGGGCCCCACAUCUGUGAUGAGCGUGCUGGUGGGCCCGGCAGAGACGUCCACACGUGUGGAUCAGGCUGCACAUUGGACUUGACAGGGGACCCUGGAGGGAUCCCUCACCCUGUCCGGACCUGUUUGCCCUAUUGAAAGAUGAGCAAGGUGGACUCUGUGACUUCCGGUGCCCUGCCAGCACGAACAUUCUAGAGUAUUCCAGGGGGUGGCACGCUUGCCCAGAUGAAGCAAAGCCAAACGCCCCAAACCUCCGUCCUGGGCAUCAGCUGGGGUCUGGGGAGAUUUCAGACCCUGCCUCACUCUCCGGGCAUUCAGGAACCGUGCCCUUUCCCCAGGGCCCCGGGCAAGUCCCAAAAGGCCAGCUGGCCAGGUCUUGACUCGAAGUGACAGCCAGUGUCUUGGAAAGCCCCCAGCAGCUGCCCCAUGGGAAGACUACAGAACCCCUUUCAGGCUCACAACCACCUCUGGAGCCUUCCUGAACAAAGGAGGCAGAGAGGGCAAAGCAGGCCACCUCAUGCAGUCUGCCUCUCCAGCACCUGUCCGGGUCUGUGCCACAGACAUAAUGGACAGUGAGGAGUCCGGGGGUCCCCCAGAAAGGACAAGAAGGCUUUCUAGGGAACCUGAGAAGGGGUGCAAGAGGCAGAUAUUUUGGGGGUUGCCUUCUCACCCACCAGCUGCCUGGUCCCCAAGGGAGUAACUGUGGGGUAUGGCUUUGUCACUGCCCAGGCCCACUCACUGUACUCUCUCUUCCAGCCACGCCCCAACCCAGGGGCAUUGGAGGUGCCAGGGGAGCGAGGGCUGCAGCCAAGACUGUUGGCAGGAAGAGAGCUGGAAGUGGGGGGAGGGCAGCCUAGCAGCCCCCGGGCACCAGCCCCUUUUGCCCAUCCAGGAGAUGGAGUGGGUUCUCACUACGGUACCAAAGAUGUAAUCACCUAGGUUUACAAGUAUUUUUAGGACUCACAUUAACUCACAUUUAUACAGCAGAAGUGCUAUUUUAUAUGCCAUCAAAUUUUCUUAUCUGUGUACUUUUUUUUUAAGGGAAAGAUUUUAAUAUUAAACCUGGUGCUUCUCACUCA